GUUUAAAUAGGUGAGACUAAAGUUAGAAAAAAGUAGACUUUGUAUUUGACUAAUUUGACAGAACACGAAAUAAAAAAUGUUUUCGUCCUUGUUUAGGAAUUGUACAAUUCGGGUACGUAUAUUUUAUAAUUUUAAACAUCGAAAAGUUUUUCAAAAGUUUAUAUAUUCUGAAUUAUUAUAAAUUAUAUGCGUUUAGUAUUUAGUUUAUUUAUAAUUUAGGCUAGCAUUUGUAAUGAUGAAGGUCUGACUGUUGACAACAGCACUCUCGACUCUCAUUCUCAUUCUCAUACUCAUAGUCUCAUACAGUAUCAUAUCAUACUCAACAUGAUUGCCAGGCUCAUAGUCAUAGUAAUAUAAUAGUAUCAUACUACUUAUUAGUAGUCACAGAUAGUAUCAACAAUGAAUAGCUCAUAAUAUACAUAUGCUUAAACUUAAAGCUCAUAACUUUUUAACACUUAUACAUGAUUUAUUAUUAACAAUAAAAACAAAUCUCACCUCUCAAAGGCAAAUAAUCAUGUAAUUUAAAACUAAAACUCACCUCCUGGACAACAUCAAAGUCAAAACGCACUACACAUUCAUUAGUCUUAGAGCUAAUACUAAUAUAGCUCUCUUUAACUUUAAUUUUAACUUUUAUUUAGCCUAUAUAACUUAUCAAAGAUGUCUGCGUCGCAUUUUGCGCAUUCGUUGGCAGGACAGGGUGCCUAACGUGGAGGUUUUGGAACGUGCACACAUGUUUAGCAUAUUCUCCUUUCUUAUCAAGAGACGCCUUCGCUGGUUAGGUCAUGUACGGAGAAUGGAGGAAGGACGUAUCCCAAAGAUACUGCUGUAUGGAGAGUUGGCAGAUGGGACAAGACAUAUUGGACGACCGCGCCUGAGAUUUAUUAAAGUUUGCAAACGAAGCAUGAGGGAAGCCAAUAUUGAAACAAACAAAUGGGAGUUCAUUGCCAAACAUCGCUCCAACUGGCGUACAGCAGUGUUUGAAGGAGUGAAAAAGGCAGAAGUUACUCGAAACGAGGCACUCGAAUCAAAAAGAACAAUUCUAAAAUCAAGAAUUUACCGGGAUUCAACAUUCUCCUGCGAUAGAUGCGGCCGUGAUUACCAUUCUAGGACUUGCCUAGUGAGCCACUCGUCAAAGUGUAGAACUAUAUAGCUACUCCAUCGUCUCACGAAGACGGAAGGAUGCCUUAUUAUUAUAUAACUUUAUCAAAAUUUUGUUCCAUGCAAAGAGAUUAAGCCAUGACAUUAAAUUUUUGUCUAGCUUAGCUUUGGAACAUGCAAGGCUCUCAAAAUUAGAGCAACCCUGGCUCAUAUUACAUAAUAAUUCAAAUGCAUCACAAAAAUUCAUUAAAAAAGAUGUCCUCUCUUACACCCACCUCUGAGAUUACACUCACCUCCACAAAAUUAAACAAUUCACCUUUAUGUCCCCUAUCAUUUGUCCCCUUUGCUUACUACAAUGGGAUGUCAAUGCUGUUGUCAAUACAGACGGACCAAUUAAUAAUCCUGUAUCACACUCAGUAAUAUGUUAUAGUUAGAGUUAACCAUAAACUCUACCUUGUGAGCAGAGGCACUACACAAAUUUUCAUUCUCAGUAUCAUUGCAGAUACUGGACAGUUUGUAGUUGUAGGUAAUUCGAUGCUGGACGAUGCUGUACAGUGCGUAGGUAACUCACUGAUCACUGAUACUGGACUGGAUGGUGGUAACUUGAUACCGUGGCAAUUAUUUAGUCUAUGAAAUUUGUUCUCCUCCAGAAAAUCAAUGCAUGCUGUAAUAAAAAGAAUUGUACAGUUGUUUAUGUUAUUUUAAUAUUCUUUAAAAUUCCUUUUUUUUACAGGCCACAUCAAGAGCCAAAAAUGUUUUAUUUGCUUGCAAAAAUAUUAAGUACACAAAUGGUGCCCGGCCAGCACUGGAUUCUGAGGACUCCCAAAACAGAGCAACAUCUCAGCAUCUCCCAGCAGACUUACUUUCUCCAGAGGAGCAGAUGAUGAAAGACACAGGUGAAUUAUAGUUUAUGUGUACAUGUUCGAUAAACAUGUUUUAUUUAGUAUUCUAUGGUAUAUACUCUUUGGUAGCCACACAAGGGUGAAACAAAUUCUCAAGAUAUUAAUGUACAAAAUAUUGCAAAUAUUUGUAUAUGCAGUAUAAUUAUAAAAUGGGACCUUUUAUGAUAAUGUAUUGCAUUUGUAAAAUAUUGUUAAUAACUUUGUUGUAUGAAUUCUUAAACUUUUUGUUAUUGCGGCUUUAGCAUAGUCUUGUAAAAUGAUUAAUUCAUGCAUGUGACUGUGACUAUUUUAGGAUUUGAUCAGUUUAUAUCUUGAAAGAAAGGGUUAUUUAGUGAUUGAAACUUUUAAUUGAAAUAUAAUUCACUUUUUAAAAUUAUGUUGUUUUGAAAAUGUGCAGAAAAACAAAUGGGAUAUUAAUUUAUUUACUGCUAUCUUUAAUACUUUAAAUAUUUUAUAAAAUCUUUCUUUCAGUGUCAAGAUUGGCUUUAGAGAAAAUACAAAAACAUGUGGCAGAAAUGGAUGAAACUAGUACAAUGAAAUCAGAGGUUAUUCAAGAACUUUUUCAAAAUGGAGUAUGUAUUCGUCACUUAAUCUCUCUUUUUUAAUGUAUCUUUCCUCGCAAAAACAUUGUUUUAUUAAUUGCGCAGCUUAUUGGUUGGUGUACUGUGACUUUGGUGCAGGGUUCGCACGGUUUUUGAAGGUUCGCGAAUAUUUUUUUUUUAAUGUCCAAGGCCUGUAAAGUUUGAGAAAAUUGGCAAAAUGGGGAUGGUUUUUGAAAGUUUUAGAAAAUUGAUUAAUAAACAAAUUGGAAAGAAAAAAAACCCCACAUGUCUCCAGUUAACUGACAUGCACAUUCCAUUUUUCUUAAUGAGCCCUAAACUUGCAAGAAAGAAAUUUGUUGAUGGUUGGUAGAUUACUUUAAGUCAGUCAAAUCAAUCUUAACAAGUAAUCGAUCGGAUCAUGUUGUAGCUUCAUCUGUUUUGACUAGUGCUACAUGUUCUUUUGUAAAACGUGUAGGCCUUCGUUAUAAUUUUUUAUUUGGAAUAGCGACACACACAUGAAUUUUCUAUUGAAAUGCUUCAAAUCUGUGGGACAGUUUACAAUAUUAAAUAUGCCUGGAGUUUUUUCUUUUAAUGAUACAUGGCUCGAUAAGUCAGAAUACAAGUUUUGGCUCUAAAACAUUUAGCAGAUGACAAGAGGGAAACCUAAUGCAAUGUUUAUCAACAAAACAUCAAUAUUUCAUUGAUGGGUGAAGGAGACCUGAACAGCCAUGCAAAGGGUAAGCUGCAGUAACACAAACCUAUUUACUUAGUUAAGUAAAAAUUAUGUGAUAUAAAAUGUAAAUUUUACUGACUGUUUUCAGGUUUAUUUUCUAUAAUUAUUUAAAUAAGCUAAUAAUUUGGCUACGAGUACUACUAAAAACUAUUUUAUCCGGACUUAAGGCUACGAGUUUAUUUUAAAAUGAGAUUAAUUGCGAUUAAUAACAUUAUAUCAGGAUACCUAUUCUUUUCCAAUUUCCUUUCUAUAAUUUAUUUAAUUUAGCUACUCAUUCGGUGAUUACAUAAAUUUCAUCCAGGAUUAAGGCUACCAGUUAAUUUUAAUAAGUGAUUAAUUGGGAUAGUUAUAAUUAUAUCAGGAAUAACUAUAAUGUAAUAAUUUGUUGUUUAUUAUAUUUAGAAAAAAAUCACAUUCAGAAUGAGAAAGCUGCUAUCACUGAGUAUUUAAAUACAACUAAUAAUGCUGACCCAGUACUAUCAACAUCAAGGGCCUCUCAUAGCUAGGGCUCAACAACAAAACCUGUUAAUAUUCAGUCUUUCUGCACAAAGACGGAAGUGCUUACCACUGAACUUAUUUGGAUAAUGAAAUGUCUAAAUAGCCAUUACCGCUUGAAUUCUUCUAAAGACACUGCAGAUUGUUUCAAGGCCAUGUUCCUACUUGUGUAGUAGCACAACAGUUUGCAUGUACUGGUAAAAAAUCUGCAUAUCUCAGCAUUUUUGUUAUAGCACCCUACUUUGCUGAUAUGCCUUUAAAAAUGUAAGAGCAGCUUCUACUUAUGUUCUUAUGAAACAAUUAACAAACAGAUUCAGGAAAGGCAAAUUUAUAUUUAUGCUCGCAUCUGGGAUGUAAAUAUAGUUAGUUCAUUUGUCCACUCAUCCCAUUUUCUUAGACAUGCCACUGCUGAAAGCUUGUUGGAAAUUCAUCCAGAUUAUCACAGAUCUUUGACAUAAUUGCUUUUUACAACUGUCUAUGGGUGGCCCUGCAGUGAACUUGAAACUGUUUAAAUGUUAGAAAUAGAAACUGACCGAUCUGGCUCAUUUAACAUAUUAAACAUAGGGAAUUGUGGGCUACUUAUUUUACACAAUGCUUUCUGUAAGGGAUGUACUGCAGACUCCUGAGACAAAGAAAAUGUGCUUAUCAGUAUGUAUAACCUAUUUUAUAAUAGCCCUGCUAGAAGAGAUUUUACAACCAUCACAGAUACUGGUGUAUUUCCACUUGUGUAUUGCAAGCACAGGUAAUAACUUUAGAUUCAUAAAGCUAUUUAAUAAUAUAGAAAACAGACUUUUAAAAACAGAUUCCUAUUGUAUUUAAUCUUUCAUUUUGACAUUCUAACAAAGCUUUUUAUUAAUUGCAGGUGGCUUGAAAAUAUUGAGCCAGCUGAAAGAGCCAUCCUGAUGCUGCCAAAUCUGUAAAUCUAUGUAAAGGCUGUUAAAAGCAAAACCCUUCCUAAGCCAUCUUGGAGAAUCCUGAUUAGAUGAUCCUCUCUUAAAGGCAAAGCUGCACUUCUUCAUAAGGGUUGCUUGAGAAUUACAACCAUUUCUUAAGUUUUACCAAUCAGACCAACCUAUUCUGCCAUUUGUAGCAUCACACCUUGGAAGCUUGGUUCAAUCUCUUAAGUCAAGGUUUAUCAAACCAGAGUUAAUAUCAGUGGCCAAAUCCAUCACAGCUAUAUCAAACAUAGCUUUUUUCGAGAAAAAUAAUCACAUGGAUACAAGCGAAUGUUGGAUUUUCUGCCACCAAGCUUUUGCUGAGCAAAGACCUAUCAGACAGGCAAAAGUUCAGUUUUUAAAACAGACUGCAAGGCAUUUUUAAUUUCCACUUUAAAGAAGAUAAUUUAAAAAUAUCCCAUCAUUUAUCCACUAGUAAAAUAUGUCCUGGCUGGGUAUCAAAGCUACUUCAUUAAAACACAGAAGUUUCUCCCCUUCUGAGAGUACGCUUGAUGAAUUGAAUUUUUCUACUCAGCUUUCCACUAUAAAAAUUAGUUUAUUGUUCAGAAAUUUCCCUCUGUUAUCCUAUGGCCAAGCGACUGCAGAAAGAGGUGUUCUGUGAAUCAAGAGACCACUGUCAGAAGAACUGGACUUCAUAAAGUUCCCAUAACAAAAGAGUUGUUGAAUUUUGCAUCAACGGCAAGGAUGAAAUAAACCUAGUAUUUUGAAAAGCAGAAAAAAGGAAAAUAUAUUCUGCUUGAGUCAAAAAAGAUUAAGUGCAGGAGUUGAAAUCCGUGAGAAAAAAAUAAUAAAAAUUGGAAGCAGAUGUAGUCAGUAUAAUUACCUUAGCCAAGACCAAAGAGGUUGAACUUCAAAUGCUUUAUGACAGGCCUGCACGAAUCAAAAUGUAAGGCGGGCCUAAAUACUUUAUGAAAAACUUGUGCGGGCCAAAAGAAAGUAGGACAAGAUUUCUGCGGGCCAAAAGAAUAUAGGACAUGGGGAAAGCUAUUAAGAAAAUAAUAAGAAUAAAAAAAUAUUUCGUUAUUUCGCGGGCCGCAAAGAGAGUGCCCGCGGGCCGUAUGUUGUGCAGGCCUGCUUUAUGAGAAAAGUCAUGAGAUAAGGAGAAGGAUGUCCUUAAGUCCUUAAUUAAAUUCCAUAAACAAAGAGGCUGGCCUACAGUAAAAAAAAAAGUGAAUUAUUUUUAAUGUAUUUAAUGAAGUAUCAUUUGUGUAAAUAUAAAGUGGACUAUUUGAAUGCAUAAAGCAAACUGAACACAAUUUUUUUCAAAGCCACUGGAUAUAUCUGGGCAGCCAGGACAUUUUAAAAUAUUUUAUCUAGGCCAUUUCCUCGUUAGUCUGUGCCGGAUGAUAACUGUGUUUCUGUUCUGGUGAUUCAUCAUGAUUACUAGUUUCUGUGCCCGAUGAUUAAUCAUGAUUAGUAUGUGUCUGUGCCUAAUGAUUCAUCAUAAUUACUAUAUUUCUGUGACGGAUGAUUCAUCAUGAUUACUUUAUUUAAAUUGUUAAUUCAAUCAACAAGUUUCUUUUGAACAUUAAGUUUUACCAAAUGUAGAUAAACAUUGUACAUUUUGUGUGUUGUAUCUCUACAAGGAUAAGCUGAAUAUUAUGUAUAUAUUGUAUACACUUUAGUGUGAUAAAAUUUUUUGUAUCUAUGCUAUAAUUAGGUGAGUUUUUUUUUCUUCAUUAGAAUAUGAUAAUAUUAAGGUCUUUGAGAAUCAAAAUAAAAGGCUUUUGAUCUUUUGGUUAACGUAUUUGACCUUGGGGUUAUAUAUAUUAGGGCAUCCACAACAGAAUGCAAUGUAUUUAGAAAAGAUGGAAAGAAAGCAUAUUUCAAAUUAUAGUUUAGAUCAAUUUUAGAGAGAUAAAUUAUUCCAUUAUAGUUUAGAUCAAUUUGAGAGCGAUAUAUUAUUACAGUAUAGUUUAGCCUUUAUUUGUGAGGUUCACUUGCAAAGUUCUCACAAUGUGCAGACAGUACCCGCUUUGAUGAACAACAACAAACAAGUUGUCAAUAAAGAAGUAUUAAACACACAGUAGGUCAAAGCUUCACCUACAAGAUCAGUCUAAACAAGGCUUGUGUCUGCUAAAAGCUUAAAAUAGAUCCAUCUAAACAAGGUGUGUGUCUGCCUAAAGCUUUCUGCAGCUAAUUGAAAAGCAAAAGUAAAAAAAAAAGAUAAAAUGGAAUAGAUAAAACUUAAUAAUUAGGAUUUAAAUUUAAGAUUUAUUGCAGGCAUCACAUGCAUUUUUUAAGCUUAGCUACAUUUUAAAAUUAAGCCGGGUUAGGAAAAACAAGGAAGAAUUUAUCUUCUGUUUGGGUUUAAUAAUUGACAAGUAUUAUUCGUAGAUCCAAGGAAUAUAUUUGGGAUAAUAUCUGGUCGCUAAUAGUAGGAUAUUAGAAUGGAGCUGUUUUGUCUCUCUUUACUUUGAAAUAUUUAACAUCAUUUUAUUGCAAUUAUUAUGUUUACAAUCAUAUGCACAAUAGAAACACUUGACAUGUAUGUGUUUACAAUCAUAUGCACAAUAGAAACACUUGACAGGCCUGUGUUUACAAUCAUAUACAAAAUAUAAACACUUGACAUGUCUGUGUUUACUAUCAUAUGCACAAUAGAAACACUUGACAGGCCUGUGUUUACAAUCAUAUGCAAAAUAGAAACACUUGACAGACCUGUGUUUACAAUCAUAUACACACUAGAAACACUUGACAGGCCUGUGUUUACAAUCAUAUACACACUAGAAACACUUGACAGGCCUGUGUUUACAAUCAUAUGCACAAUAGAACUAUGUUUACAAUCAUAUACACAAUAGAAAAACUUGACAGACCUGUGUUUACAAUCAUAUACACAAUAGAAACACUUGACAGGCCUAUCUAUAAAAUAUUUUUUAAAAUUCAUUAAUUAUAUUUUUUUUUUCAAUUUCACUAAGUUGAUGGGCAUAGAAAUUCCAGCGGAAUAUGGAGGAACCAACUCAUCCUUCUUUGUUUCCACCAUUGUCAUUGAGGAACUGGCUAAAGUGGAUCCAUCAGUCAGUGUUUUUUGUGAUGUCCAGAACACACUGGUCAACAUGCUCUUUGUCAGACUUGGCACUGCAGCACAAAAACAGAAAUACCUUCCACGCCUGGCAACAGACAUGGUCAGUUUGAUAAUGGUCAUUGUAAGACUCUUAUGCUCUUAUUGAUUUAGGCUUACAUUUCAUGCAGGCAUUCAACUUUGAAAUGUCUUAAAUAAGGAUAGUACUCGCUUGAGCACUUGUUAAUCAGUUGAAAUCAGUCUGUUUGUAUGAAAACAUGCUUUGUCUGUCAGUUGACAGGAAUUUUCCUUUGUUUCUCGGGGGGGAGGGGGGGGGGGGCGCGCGAUUUUUUUUUUUUUUAAACGUUUCUUCUUUUCUUUCCUUGUUUCCAUGUUUGUAUGAAAACAUGCUUUGUCUGUCAGUUGACAGGAAUUUUCCUUUGUUUCUCGGGGGGGAGGGGGGGGGGGCGCACGAUUUAUUUAUUUUUUAAACGUUUCUUCUUUUCUUACCAUGUUUCCAGGUUGGUGGCUUCUGUCUGUCAGAGGCAGGUUCUGGAUCCGAUGCAUUUGCCUUAAAAACAACCGCCGUAAAAGAUGGAGAGAAUUACAUUUUGAAUGGGACAAAAGUCUGGAUUACGAAUGCUGAACACGCUGGUGUAUUUCUAGUCAUGGCUAACGCUAAGCCAUCAGAUGUGAGCCAUGUGUUGCUGUCUCAUAAAGCUAUGUUAUUUAUGACAGAAAAAUCACAGAUUUUGACAAAGAAUUAUCAAAGAGCUGGUACAAUCAAUUUUGCUUUAAGAUUACAAUUGCAUUUUCUUUCCCUACUGUAUAUUGAGUACCAUAUAUAUAUUUACACAUACUUCAAACGGGUUCCAUGGUGUUGUGAUCUGUUUGCCCAUAUUUUUAUUACAACAGGGUUACAAAGGAAUAACAUGUUUCAUCGUUGACAGAGCCACAGAAGGUGUUAGUGUGGGCAGGAAGGAGAAUAAACUGGGGAUCAGAGCAUCCAGUACUUGCUCUGUCUCAUUUGACAAUGUCAAGGUAAGUUUCUCUGGGACAUCCAUAAAAGAUUUUGUUAAAAGUAUUUUCAAUUUAUUUGGAUACUUAAAGCUUCUAUGUGUUACUUUCUUAAUUUAAAUGUUUUGCAUAUUCCCACUUUACUAUCUUGUUGUUACUCUAUAUCAGUGGUUCCCAACCUUUAUGACCCACAGGGCCCUUUCUAGAAUCGAUUUCUAUGGGGGAGUCCCUUAGCUCUACGCUUUGUUUUACAAGUUAAAAGUUUUUAGGAGUUUCCUGGAGUGCUUUCCCCUCAUAGAUUGGCCGCCACUCCUGGAUUGACCGCCCCUCCUUGAUUGGCUCCCCCUCCUGAUAGGCUGACCUUUAAGGCUUGGCCGCCCCUGAGUUUCUGAGAAGUGGCACUUGGAGCUGUGAACCACUGCUCUGUGCAAUCAAUGAACAGAAUUGUUAAAGAUAAUAUAUUGUCAUGGAUAAGAAAAACUUUUAGAUCUAUUGUUGGGAGGAAGACAGCAAGACUGUUAUAAAAUAUAUUUCUUGUUGACAUUAAUAUUGCAUAAAAUUAUUAAUUACAGGUACCUGCUGACAAUAUUCUUGGAGAGUUUGGAAAAGGUUACAAGUAUGCUAUUGAAAUGUUGAAUAGUGGAAGAAUAGGCAUCGCUGCACAGGUAAUAUUUUAUAUGUUAGUCAUUGCUCUGCAACAAACCAACAAAUGUACCUAAAAUAUGGUGGGCUGAGACUCAUUGUUGCCCCAACAACCUAAUUUUUUUACUCCAUAGCUCUGUUGAAAAGCUUGGUGUUGUGGGCAGGAAUGGAUUGAAAGGAAACCCCAUACUUUCAUUCCACGCAUUAUUAUUAUAAGUGGUUUUUAUAUUGCGUGGUAACCCGCCUAGGGAUGGGCUCACCACGCUGUACAUACAAUUUAACAAACAUAAUCAAAAACUUUAAAAAAUAAUUAAAAUACAUUAAUUGAAUAAAACAAAACAAAUGUAUAUUUAAAACUAUUUCCAUGUCAAGCCAUGGACGACACUCAGUCAAGCCAUGGACGGCACUCAGUCAAGCCAUGGACGGCACUCAGUCAAGCCAUGGACGGCACUCAGUCAAGCCAUGGACGGCACUCAGUCAAGCCAUGGACGGCACUCAGUCAAGCCAUGGACGACACUCAGUCAAGCCAUGGACGGCACUCAGUCAAGCCAUGGACGGCACUCAGUCAAGCCAUGGACGGCACUCAGUCAAGCCAUGGACGGCACUCAGUCAAGCCAUGGACGGCACUCAGUCAAGCCAUGGAUGGCACUCAGUCAAGCCAUGGACGGCACUCAGUCAAGCCAUGGGCGACACUCAGUCAAGCCAUGGACGACCCCCAGGGGCAUCGUUUUUCGGUCAGAGGUGGGAAUUAGUCAGGAUAUCAGAGUUUAAAAAGAUGUGUUUUGAGUGCAGUUUUGAAGGCUGUGAUGGUCAGUAUAUUGCGGAUGUGCAAUAUUACACAAAAGGAACAGUUUCCUUGACAAAUACACCUUCACACUCGCUGGGAUAUUAUGUUCUCCUCAGCCCAGGAUGGUACUAAUCUCUUUGGCUUGCUGUGAAGAGAGAGGGAUGUACUACCAAACUUUAUUUUUCUACCAUUAUAUCUACAGAUGCUUGGCCUGGCGCAAGGCUGUUUCAAUCAUGCAGUGGACUACACCAGAGAGAGGAAACAAUUCGGGAAGCGAAUAUUUGAUUUUCAGGUCAUAUUUGUUUCUAAUUUUAAAAGAAUCAAGAUCAUUCAGGACUAAAACAUUUGUUUAAAACAAUGGAUUGAAAUAAAAGUUAUGGCCGGCUACCAUGGUUUUGAGGUCCAGGGUAAAUGAUAUAUGGUUUGAAAACAUAAUUAUUUUUCUUCACAAGCCAUUUUCGGGUAUACUUGAUUUGGAAAUAAAUUAAUUUAAAACCAAAUAUGAUUGGAAACUAUUUCUACAAGUUUUAAAAUGAAAUUAUUGAAUCAAACCAUUUUUUUUUAGAGACUUGUUUUGUAGAAUUGAAAGGAUUUAAUCUGGUGUGAGAUGGUAAGAAGGGGCCUACUAUUAAUUACAAUUUUUAAAAAUGUUUGUUUUCAGGGAAUGCAACACCAAAUAGCACAUGUUGCUACCCAGAUUCAACUUGGCAAGGUGAUGAUGUGCAAUGCUGCCAGGCGCCAUCAGAUGGGCUUGUCGGUAGUCAAGGAAGCAGCAAUGGCUAAAUAUUUUGCAUCUGAGGUGCUCAAACUGAUUUUUAAAAAAAAAUUAAACAAAAUCUUAUUAAAAAAAUUUGUUGUUAAUAUAUAUUUUAAUUCUUUUUUUUGUUGGUCCACAUGCUACAUAAUACAACUUUAAUGUAUUUGGAUCCACAGAUAGAAGAAAUCUUAUGACAUUUUUUUUUAAAAACCCAACUACAUUAUUCCCUUUGUCAUUCUUAUGUGAUUUGUAAAUCAACUGAAAGAGAAUUCUCCCCCCCCCCCUACACCAAACCAUUUAAAGAAAAUCCCUGUACCAGUAGAAUUGAAAAAUCACUUAUGGAAAUAUUUUCUUUUCUAAUUAAAAAUCUUUCAUAUUCUAUGCUAUUCAUAUAUAUAUUAUAUAAAUAUGUUAUAUCUAUGAAGGUGAAGAUGAUAUAUAUUUAUAUUCACUUUAAGGUUGCUACACUGACAACUUCUAAAAGUAUUGAAUGGAUGGGUGGGGUCGGCUUCACCAGAGAUUAUCCAGUGGAAAAGUACUACAGAGAUUGUAAAAUUGGUGAGGCGGAUAAAAGUCAUUGAAUUUAGAGCAGAGUUAGUUGAACUUGGCAUGACAUUGACUACAACCCUUGAUUUAACUUUGCUUGACAUUUGCUACAUCCCUUGGUACUUAGCUUGACAUUGACUAAAUCCCUUGGUACUUAGCUUGGCAUUGACUACAUCCCUUGGAACAUAGAUUGACAUUGACUACUUCCCUUGGUACUUUACUCGACAUUGGCUACAUCCCUUGGUACAUAGCUUGACAUUGACUACAUCCCUUGGUACUUUGCUCGACAUUGACUACAUCCCUUGGAACAUAGCUUGACAUUGACUACAUCCCUUGGUACAUAGCUCAACAUUGGCUACAUCCCUUGGAACAUAGCUUGACAUUGACUACAUCCCUUGGUACUUUGCUCGACAUUGACUACAUCCCUUGGAACAUAGCUUGACAUUGACUACAUCCCUUGGUACAUAGCUCAACAUUGGCUACAUCCCUUGGAACAUAGCUUGACAUUGACUACAUCCCUUGGUACUUUGCUCGACAUUGACUACAUCCCUUGGAACAUAGCUUGACAUUGACUACAUCCCUUGGUACAUAGCUCAACAUUGGCUACAUUCCUUGGAACAUAGCUUGACAUUGACUACAUACCUUGGAACAUAGCUUGACAUUGACUACAUUCCUUGGUACAUAGCUCGACAUUGACUACAUCCCUUGAUUUGUACAUUCUUUCAAUCUCCUAGGUACAAUAUAUGAAGGAACAAGCAAUAUUCAACUGAACACAAUUGCCAAGUGCUUGGAGCAGGAGAGACAAUCAGGAAACUGAUUAGGAGAAAAAACAGUUACAAGUUUAAAACCUUUAAAAAAAAAUGUUCAAGAGAAAGCAUUUCUAAUGUCAUUUAGGUAACAAUCAUGUUGUGCAUUUGAUGGUCAGUUUUGUCCAUUUGAUGGUAUGUUUUGAAAUAAAUAAAAAAUCUAUGGCAUUUGUAAAAGUAAUAUCAAGCUCAAUGUUUGUCACAGCAUGCAGUGGGACGAAAGCUGUUAUUUUGUUGUGUCCCAUUUCAAGCUUGGACUUCAUUGUGCUUAAUAUUUCUUGUUUUUUUAAGUCCUAUUGAAGUUUCCUCCCAUAUCAUCUAUUAGUUGUCUCCCCUAUUGUUUUUAUAAGCCUGCUACUAUGGAAAUUAUCCACAUAUUUUUAAUAAAUGAUAUUUUGAUAAAUUAUUCAGACCCUUCAACAUUGAUGAUCAUAGAUUUUUGUAAGUCAGCGGUUCUCAGCCUGUGGGUCAGUAUCUCUUUGGGGAGUCAAACGACCUUUACACAGGGGUCGCCUGAGACCAUCCGAAAACAAAUGUUUAUGAAGUAGCAACGACAAUAAUUUUAUGGCUGGGGGUCACCACAACAUGAGGAACUGUAUUAAAAAGUCGCUUCAUUCUGAGGGUUGAGAACCAGUGGUGUAACUGAUUGGGUGGACUUAAUCUUUCUAGGAAUAUGCUCAUUAAAAAUGUUAAUAAUUGUUAUUUGUAUCAAGCACCAACAAAGCAUUAUUAAGAGUUUAUAACAGGGGUCUCAAACUCGAAUCAUCCGGGGGCCGCGGGAAGUAAAGUCUGAUCAAGACUGGACCGCAUCAGGCGUUCAACAAAAAAAACGAUUACAAAUUCAAUAAAGUACAACUGUUACAAUCUGCUAAACCUUUAUAAAAAACAAAUAAAACAUUAAAGGGUGCGAAGGUGAAAGCUAUUGUAGUUAGAAUGAAUUUUCAUUUUUUCACUGUAGAAAAGGCCUUUUUGACUAACCCUUAAAUUCUAAUCAAGUUCUUCUGCCAACAUUUCUGUAUUAAGUUUGUAUUCUUUACUUUCUUGAACAUCUUUUUGAUUAUUGCCAAAGUAGCUUGAGACAGCAAAGACAUUUUUUUGUGUUAAAGUUAUGUAAUGUUUGUAAGCGUUCAGGGUUAAAUUCUUCAGUUGUUGUGGAUAAACAAUAUGCUUUUUAUUUCCUGAUGUCCACUUUAAAAAAAAAGGUCUGGUGAUCAAGUCCAACUGAUGGUGAUUAGAUUCAUAUGUGCACAUGUCGGAAUGUUCGCUUUUGUAAAUGUUCAAUGUCGUUGUGGUUUUUUAUAUAAGAUUAUUACUAUCAUAAUAUUAUAUUCUUGAACAGAUCAAUCUUUCUCAAUGCUGUCCUAACAAUGAUUGAUGUUUUAUAGUAUCAUAGAAAGGGCACAUCAAAAUGACAGAAAGAGAAGAUUUUCUGAUCCUGUUUGACAUUUUUGGCAUUACUUAAAAUACUUUAUGUAUUCACAUUUCUCAUGGUUUAUGGUUUCCUUUUAGAUGUGACAUACAUUUUUAUACAAUCACUUUAAAAGAAUGAAGAAUUAAAUAGAAACAUAUAUGUAAAUAUGUAUCCAUGAAUCCAUUGUGUCUUUAUUUAACUAGUGGACUUCUCAAGCUUUAUCUUUUAUCAUUCUUUGUUUGGGGGAUGGGGCUGUCAAAGGUCAAGUCAUUCAUAGACUUCUAAUAUAAUCUCUAAGAACAUUUCUCAGCUGGCACUAAACAACUUUUAUCUCCUUGCAUUUUGAAAAAUUAAUGUCAACAGCUGUUUAUGACGUCAUUAUCAGUGCAGAAGUUUUUAAAUGGGUUUAAAUGUUUAUAUUGGUACAUUUCAU